UGUUGUUGGACGUCGAGACAAGAUGAUCCUGAUUCUGCAGCUGCUGUUCGCUCUGAGUCUGUGUUUGAGAGCAGAUGGAUAUGAUUACUACAGAGUAGUAGACUGUAUCACCAGUUCACCAGAUCUGACAGAUGCGGAAUACAUUGAUACCUACUAUUUUAAUAAGAGUCCAUAUUUACGGUUUAACAGCACUGUGGGGAAGUUUGUAGGGUUCACUGAGCUCGGAGUGAAGAAUGCAGAGCGCUUUAACAAGGGACCUGUAGUAGUGCAGGAGAGAGGCGAGCUGGAGAGAUACUGCAAACACAAUCUACCAACAGACUUCACUAACAUUCUGGAGAAAACAGUGAGACCGAAAAUCCGCCUCAGGUCAGAAAAGCAUGCCAGUGAGGGUCACCCAGCCAUGCUGAUGUGCAGCGCGUAUGGCUUCUACCCCCCAGCCAUCGAUGUGUACUGGCUGAAAGACGGUAAAAUGGUGACCGGUGAUGUGGUGUCCACUGAGGAGAUGCGUAAUGGAAACUGGUACUACCAGAUCCACUCCCAUCUGGAGUACACGCCCACAUCUGGAGAGAAGAUCUCCUGUGUGGUGGAGCACGCCAGCUCCAAGGAGCCCCUCAUCUACAACUGGGGAGGUUCUUUUACUGAUUCUGAUAGGGACAAGAUUAUUAUCGGAGCUUCAGGGUUUGUGUUGGGGAUCAUCCUGUCCACUGCUGGAUUCCUCUACUACAAGAAGAAAUCUCCAGAGUUCGUGUGAAGUUCACUGCUGGUUCUUCUGAUGAUAUAGAGGAGUCAUCUUUAAUGUCAGGUGGUGAAGCACUGAAGUCUUUAAUCAGCUUUAAUCACCUGCAUUAUGUUUACAGAAUUCAUGUUAGAUAUCUGUUUCAUUUUUAAGAAUCCUUUACAAAACUGAACAUCAAAGUUUGCUUAAGCGUGAGCUGAUAUUUUGCUUUGUGGAAGUUUUAUAGUUAGAUUGAUAAUGAGAGAAAUGUGUUAGAUCUGGGUCAAUAGAUUUAUUUCUGAACUUGUACUGUGAUGGUUAAAUGUUUAUGUACAUUAAUUGUUUUAGAUGAAAGCUGUUAGAUCGUUAAUGUCUUUUUUAAGAAAUAUAGUAUCAAUAAUUUAGGAAAUUACAUUUCUUAUUCAGGUUUAGACAAAAAUCACAGGAAAAUGCAAGCACACAUACAUCACUACACCAACCGAGAAACAUAGGUACAGGUACAAAGGUCCAGGGUGGGUCAUCCAGGAUACCUCUUUAUAAGGCUAAGAGCCAGUGUAUUAGCAGUCCCUGUCAUUUCAGUAGCAGGUUUAGCUUUAUUAUCAUUACAGCCGUCUGCUUUUUAGAGAUGUUGUGAUCAGUAUGGAUAACAUUAUUGAAUUGGCUGCAAAUUGACUAUUGAUUUUGUACGUGUUCUGUUGCAAUUAAUAAACAUAUUUUAUAACAAUUUUA